AUGGACGAAGUGGCAUUUGUUGAAUCGCUGUUCUCACCCGAGAUGCGGUCGAACAGCGUCGCGGUGCCGUCGAGCGUCUUUUCGUCGCCCUCGUCGUCACUGCCAUCGUCGUCGCGCGGUCGAGUCCACGCACGCACGGGCACUGGUAGUUGCACCGGCAACUUCAACUCGAGCGCCCUUGUCCCCGCGCCCCCCAACUCGCUCUUGGGCGGCGGGAUCGCCUUCUCGCAGCUCCACGCGCCGUUUCAGCCACUCACGGCCGACGACGCCCCGCUCUUUGUGCGGCUCCACGACGACGACGUGCUCAAUCAGAUGCUCAACGACCAGGACUUCCCCGACUUUGCCUCGGGGCUCAAGUGCGAGCACGACGGGGGCGGCAAGUUGUUCUCGAGCAGCCCGACAACGUCGUUGCUCUUGGAGCCGCUCGAGUUGCCGCGACUGCAUGGCGACGUGCACGUGAAAGACGGCGGCUUUUGCACCGACGCCGUGAGCUAUCACCAGUCGUCGUAUCGCCCGAGACGGAGUGGGAUCGUACCGACUACUGCUGGGUCUAGUGCUACUACUCUCGGACAUGGCUACACUCUCGACGCCACGAGGGGACAACUGCUGGCGAGCGUCCCGAUGAACGUGAGUGUCCCGAUCGGGUUCGACGCAACAAGCGGCACCAGUGCGUUUGUGAGUUACGCGCCAGUAGCGGCGCACCCGUGGAUACAGGAAGACGUCUCGACGCCUCUGGGCGCGCACUGCCAGCGACUGCACUCUGAUGAAGCACAUGAUGCACGUGACGACAGGAGGAGGCGAUAUCCACCAAUCAAGUCCCGGCUCUGUCGACAGGCGGCCCAGUAUGCAACAUCAACAACAUCGUCAACAACAGUGGCAGCAGCGCCUGGUCUGUGGACCUCGACGACGCGCAGUGCGUCUACUGUGGCAGGCAGCGGCCACCGCGCAAGUCCAAUGCUCGAGCCAUCACGCAAGACAUUGCACGUGCGUUCCUCCCCGCUGUCCGUGACGAUCUCGCCGCCUUCUUCGCUGACCAGCAAAGCGCUCAAGGAGCUCAUUGUGUCGACGGACUUUGGUCUGCCGCUCCCGCUGUUGGCGUCUCGACAGAAGCGUGCGCGGCUGAGCAAAAAAGACCGCAGCAGCAGUAGCAGCACGAAAGGCGCGGCGAAAGCCGCCCGAACCGCAGCGACCGCGUCGCCUGCCCGCUCGUCACACACUGCUGUUCACUCAAGCAGCUGCGUCGCGGCGACGACCAAAGGAAAGAAAUGCAUCGAAGCUGACUGCACGCGACGGGCGCAGUCCAAUAGUCGCUGCAAAGCUCACGGGGGCGGGGCCCGGUGUCAGUACGCAGGACCUGGUGGGUGUGCGCGGAGCUCGCAAGGCGGAGGCUUCUGCCGCGCCCACGGCGGCGGCAAACGCUGCGAGUUCCCAGGCUGCACACGCGGCCAGCAGCGCAAAGGCCGCUGUUACGUGCACGGCGGCAUCCGCAAGUGCCAGUACGGCACGUGCGAGAAGAAAGAUCGCGGCAACGGCUUUUGUAUCUCUCAUGGCGGCGGCAAGCGGUGUCAACACCCCAAUUGUUCCCGAGCUGUUCGGCGCGGUCUGUUAUGUCAGAUCCACGAGACGCAGAGUAGCGGAGCGUCGAUGGAAGGGGAGCAGCGGGAUAGUGUAUUGGUAUAA